CGGCUGGCGUUGAUAAAAAAUUGUUUUUACUACGUCGUUUCUGACGUUUCUGUUGUCAUUUUGAGUUUGACGAUUUGUGGAAGCUCAAAAACUGUGAAUCUUACAACACUAAGCGAUAACUAGACAACUUGACUUCUCAACAGUAUUGUGAGUUCGUACGUUUCCAUCUCGAGGUGGUAUUCAAUCUGUUCCGAGUAAUGAAAGAUCGGCAAACCACACCAGGAGAUGGUAUUAGAUCUCUAAAAACUUCCCGAGUGUUUCGGAUCAUCAACUUUGAACUCUACUCAAAACCGAAUAAAGUGAUCAUGGCAUUAGGGCUUGUAUCAAUAUCAUUCACAUUUGGAUAUCUGGUAUAUAUGAGACACCAAUAUGAAAAAAUGGGAUAUUACCCAGCAGUUGCUGAAGAUGGCCGUCAUGAAAUUUAUAAACCAAGACAAUCUAAAUGGGAUUGAAAUUAUAUUAUUUUAGUAU